AUGCGCCAAGUUCAUCCGGAUGAAAAUGAUUAUAAAAGCCUUGCGUCGUUGAAAUGUCCUUUAUGUGAGUCAACAUUUAAUGCUACAUCAAAGCUUCACGAGCACAUUGAAAUAGACCAUGAUGUACACUUGGAGGUUAUGUCUAAGGUUUUUGAAUCUGUUGACGAAUUUAAAAAAUGGAAAAGUGUCAUUGAAAAAGAAAAUCUUACUUCUUUUACCAUUCAUCGAGUUAAUGGAAAUAGAUCAUACUAUGGAUGUCAUAGAUCAGGAUCAUCCCGGUUAACAGGCACGGGCAAAAGACUGAAAUGGUCACAUUCCAGUAAAAUUGGUUCAAGAUGUCCUGCUCGAAUAGUUGCAACUAAUAUUGAAGGCCACAUUACAGUAGAUUAUUGCAAGACACAUGUGGGCCAUUCCAAGUCAAUUAAAUUUUUACAUUUCACUAAAGAGGAACGUGAUGAACUGGCUGGCAUAAUAAAAAUUGGAGUGACUUUUGAUCGAAUCCUAGAUGAAAUCCGUGAAUCAGUAGUGUCGAAUGAGAAUAUUCACGGACUGCAUAUUGUCGAUAAAAGAGAUUUAUAUAAUAUUGUUAGAGACUAUGAAUUGGAUAGGGAUGUAGUACAUAAGAAUGAUGCAUUCAGCACUGAGAUGUGGGUUCAAGAACAGAUGGCACUCGGAGAGGACUCACCUGUUUUAUAUUUUAAAAUGCAAGGAUGCGAAAAAAACGAUGAUCUCUUAAAAGAUGAUUUUAUGAUUGUAUUAAUGACAAAAUAUCAGCAAGAUGUAUUAUCAAAAUAUGCUAUUGACAAAGUUUGCAUGGAUAGCACACAUGGGACAACUGAACAUGACUUCCAGCUCACAACAAUGCUUACCAUUGAUGAAUUUGGAGCUGGAUGUCCAGUGGCUUUCUGUAUCAGCAACAGGAUUGAUUCUGUAGCUAUUUCUCAGUUUUUUAAAUCUGUAAAGGGAAAAAUGGGUCCUUUUCCUGCCAAAAUAUUGAUGUCUGAUGAUGCUCCAACAUAUAUCAACUCCUGGACAAAGAUAAUGUGCAAGCCUCAACAUCAUUUAAGCAUUCUGAAGUAUAUAAAGCUUGCCGCACACUCAUGGAAAUUUUGGAUGUUGAACAAUUUCAUGAGUCUUUAG